GGAACGUGGCCAUGGAGACCGAGGGCUGCCGCUACCAGUUUCGGGUCGCGCUGCUGGGGGACGCGGCGGUGGGCAAGACGUCGCUGCUGCGGAGCUACGUGGCGGGCGCGCCUGGCGCCCGGGAGCCCGAGCCCGAGCCCGAGCCCACGGUGGGCGCCGAGUGCUACCGCCACGCGCUGCAGCUGCGGGCCGGGCCGCGGGUCAAGCUGCAGCUCUGGGACACCGCAGGCCAGGAGCGCUUCAGGUGCCUCCCCAGGUCCUUUUACCGGAACGUGGUGGGUGUCCUGCUGGUCUUUGAUGUGACAAACAGGAAGUCCUUUGAACACAUCCAAGACUGGCACAAGGAGGUCAUGGCCACUCAGGGCCCGGACAAGGUGAUCUUCCUGCUGGUUGGCCACAAGAGUGACCUGCAGAGCACCCGUUGUGUCUCAGCCCAGGAGGCCAAGGAGCUGGCUGCCUCCCUGGGCAUGGCCUUCGUGGAGACCUCAGCUAAAAACAACUGCAACGUGGACCUGGCCUUUGACACCCUCGCUGAUGCUAUCCAGCAGGCCCUGCAGCAGGGGGACAUUAAGCUAGAAGAAGGCUGGGGGGGUGUCCGGCUCAUCCACAAGACCCAAAUCCCCAGGUCCCCCAGCAGGAAGCAGCACCCAGGGCCAUGCCAGUGCUGACUCUAGGAGAGAAAGGGUUAAAGCAGUCCCAGCCUCAGCCCACAUGAUGGGAUGGGAAUGUUAGUAUCUCUCUGGAGGACAAAUGACAGAAGGGCUCAUAUAAACAGUAUCUUGAUACA